AUCAGGAGCACAAGUCAUGACAGUUAUCAUUUCUUUGUGACUGCUCCUUACUGCUCUUUCAUUCUAGUGAUUGUUCGGGUAGACAUGACAGUAGGAAACCAGACUGUGGUGGCAGAGUUUGUCCUCACAGGACUCACUGAGCAUCCUGAGUUGCAGGUUCCACUCUUCCUGGUUUUCUUCACCAUCUACCUCAUCACCAUGGUGGGCAACCUUGGACUGAUUGCUCUCAUCUGGAAGGACCCUCACCUCCAUACUCCCAUGUACUUAUUUCUGGGAAGCCUAGCUUUUGCAGAUGCCUGUUCAUCGUCCUCUGUGACUCCCAAGAUGCUUGUCAAUUUUUUAUCUAAGGAUCACAAAAUAUUCUUGGUUGAGUGCUUCACCCAGUUUUAUUUCUUUGGUUCCAGUGCAACGACAGAAUGUUUCCUCCUGUCAGUGAUGGCCUACGACCGCUAUGUGGCCAUAUGCAAUCCUUUGCUUUAUCCAGUGAUGAUGUCCAAUAGUCUCUGUAUGCAAUUUAUACAUGUUUCAUAUAUUGUAGGUUUUCUACAUUCAGCAAUUCAUGUGGGUUUGUUAGUGAGAUUAAAUUUCUGCAAAUCCAACAUCAUACACUAUUUCUACUGUGAAAUCUUGCAAUUAUUCAAAAUUUCCUGCACUGACCCUACAAUUAAUAUUCUUCUGGUUUUAAUAUUUUCAGCUUUGAUACAAGGUUUUACUUUUAUGACUAUUAUCAUCUCCUACUUCUCUGUUCUUUUUGCCAUCCUGAAAACAAAGUCUGAGAAAGGCAGAAGCAAAGCAUUCUCCACCUGCAGUGCCCACCUGCUCUCUGUGUCUCUGUUCUACGGCACUCUUUUCCUCAUGUAUGUGCGUUCUGGGUCUGGAUCAGGUGAAGAUAAGGACAGGAUGUAUUCUUUAUUUUAUACAAUAAUAAUUCCCUUUCUAAAUCCUUUUAUAUACAGUCUGAGGAACAAAGAGGUAACAGCUGCCCUGAGAAGAAAAAUGAAAUAAAUAGUUUCCAGAUAAUUUUCAGGCAAUUUCU